AUGUCUCCAUCAACAGCAGUCUGCCGCCGACUCCAUUACGCCUGCGAGAAUGGGUACCUGGGGAAGGUGAGGAAGAUCCUGUCAAAGACAGGGGUAAACAUCCUCAACUGUAGAGUGAAAGGCAUGACACCGUUGAUGAAGGCAGCAGAGGAGGGAAACAGAGACAUUUUGGAGCUCCUUAUUAGUAAGGGAGCUGAUGUGUCACUGGUGGGCGAUGAAUGUGACAACAUUCUUCACUUAGCCUGUUAUGGGGGAGAGAUUGAGACGGUGAAGUAUAUCCUGUCUCUGAACGCAGUGGACUUCAACAAGAGUAGAGGAAUGAAGAACAGGACACCGGUGAUGGCGGCAGCAAACGGAAACGGAAAAGUGGUGGAGCUCCUUGUGACUAAAGGAGCUGACGUGUCACUGGUGGACGAUUAUGGUGACACCAUCCUUCACUUAGCCUGUCGUAGAGGAGACGUGAGGAUGGUGAGGUUUCUCCUGUCUUUGAACGUGGUGGACAUCGACGCCAGGAACAAGAAAGGGUGGACUGCGGCCGACGUGGCGAGAGACGAGGGACAUGGACGUGUGGUGAGACUGCUGGUGUCCCGCGGCGCUCCCUGA